AUGUGGACAUCAAAAGGGGAGGACCAAGAAGCAGCCAAUAAAGAAUUUAUAGAGUGCCUGAAAACGUUGGAAGGGGAAUUAGGAGACAAGACAUACUUCGGAGGAGAAAGUUUUGGAUUUUUGGAUAUAACCCUUAUUCCUUACUAUAGCUGGUUCCCUGCAUAUGAGAAAUUUGGCAACUUUGGCAACUUUGGCAUAGAAGCAGAGUGUCCUAAGUUUGUAGAAUGGGCAAAAAAAUGGUCCCGGAGGCCUCGAGUGUGUUCCGAGUGGGCUACGGGUCAAUUCCUCCCAUAUUUGAACUACUAUUUUCCGCUUUCUGGUGUUCUUCUUCGCGAUCGCGGACAGCCUUUCGCGUUCGCGUUCAACAUCCCGUGUUCGCGAAG